UAUCCUGAAUCACUGCUCUCCUCCAGGCAAUAUUUUCAGCUUGUGAGUUAGGGGUGUUUGACCUCCUCCUCCAGUCCCAAAAGCCCAUGAGCGCAGUUGAAGUGGCGCAGAAGCUUGGCACCAGUGAAGAUGGUAUAGAGCGUUUACUGGAUGUUUUGGUUGCCAUUGAGAUUGUGGAUGUGGAAGUGGUACAGGGAACAGCUUUUUACAGCAGUACAGAUGUGGCUAAUCUAUACCUGGCCAAGACCAGCCCCAAAUCUCUACAUGAUUUGAUAAUUUAUAACUCUCAGACCAUCUACCCUCUCUGGAACAAUCUGGUAGAUGCUGUUAG